GCCUCCGUAGCAAUGAUAAACACUGACAGGCAGCUGUUCCCUCAGUAUUAUGUUACAGAGCGCACUUGUAAGGUUUGACAUCGUGUAACGUAGAAGAGAAUUGUUGAAGAGACUCAUUUCUGUUAACAUAUAAUAUAAUGGAGCCUGUUAUAUUAAUAAAACCUGGAGCGUCGAAGUGGGACAUCCGUGAGAAAGUUUGGGACUACAUCGAGGAUAAGAAUCUGGCAAACUUCCCGCGGCCCGUUCACAACAGAAUCCCCAAUUUCAAGGGUGCAAAUCAAGCAUGCGACAAGCUCGUGGACCUGCAGGAGUUCAAGUCCAGCCAGACAGUCAAAGGUGCUUUCACAGCCUGUGCCAAAGUGUCUGAGCUGCAGGUGUUCACCCACACAGCGGAGGUGAAGGUGGAUCCUGAUAAGCCUCUGGAGGGGGCCCGGCUGGCAGUGCUGCAGUCAGGGAAAACUUUAUUGGUCCCGACUCCUCGUCUUCGCACCGGUCUCUUCAAUAAGAUUACUCCUCCACAGGGGGCCAACAAAGAACAGCUACGCAUAUGCUGCUCCUCUCAGGGUGUGAAAGACUUCAGUGUGCCUGUUGGCCUGGAUGCGAAGGUGAAGGUGGACCUGGUGGUGGUUGGGUCUGUGGCAGUGUCAGAGAAAGGCUUUCGGAUUGGAAAAGGAGAGGGCUUUGCUGACAUGGAGUACGGCAUGAUGGCCUCAAUGGGAGCUGUGAAUGAGUCUACUGUGGUGGUUUCUAUUGUCCAUGACUGCCAGGUGUUGGACAUUCCGGAGGAGUUGAUGGACAGUCAUGACCUGACUGUGGAUUACAUCCUCACACCCACCAGAGUCAUUAAAACAAACUGCCCGCUGCCAAAACCGCGGGGAAUCAUCUGGAGUAAGCUGGACACUGAAAAGCUGGAGAGGAUCCCCAUCCUGAAGAAGCUGCGUGCUCUGGAGGAGCAGGCUGGAAAGGAUGUGACACUGGGGGCAGCGCCUGUUGCAGCACAGCAGAGCGGUUUGGAGAUGGGUCAACCCAGAGGGCCAGCCAGACGGAGGCCACAGCAAAACACACGGCAGGAUCCUGAGGGAGAAUCCAAACAGGAGAAGAGAGUAGAGUCAGAACAGAAGACCAGACAGCGCCCGGCUAGAGUGAGGAAAGAAAGCAGGGGAGAUGGUGCGGGAGGUAAAGAGGGAGAGGUCGGCGAGAGAGGAAGGGGAAGAAGAGGAGGAAACAUGAAGGAAAAAGGCGCGGAGGAGGGUGGAGGUGAGGUCACGUCACAACGUAAGCUCCCUCUGACUGUGACCACAGUUUACCUGGGGGGUAUCCCGGCCGGGCUGCGUGUCAGCGAGCUGAAAACUGCCCUCAGAGAGAGGGAGGCCGGCCCGCUCAGGCUCACCUGGCAGGGAGCUCAACACAGGGCCUUCCUGGACUACAGCGACCCUCAGGCUGCAGCGCAGGCCCUGGAGGCCCUGCAGGGUCUCAGUCUGAAUGGUCACAGUCUGCAGGCUGAGCUGGCCAAGAGCCAACGGGGAGGCAGGAGGUCCGGACAGACCAACAGGAGACCGAGACCGGCGACAGCUCCCAAAACCAGAGCGGCACCAGAUGCUAAGAGGGACGGCGACAAAGUGACUGAGCAGUAACAGCGGCAGGCAGUACGCUUAAUGCCUAAACAAGAGUUUAGUUUGUUUUUUUCCUGCAUUUAUUGCAAGUUCACCUCCGUUACAUGAACCUUAAACAUUGAAGGUGACUGCUAAAGCUAAUAAGCUGAACACACUACGAAUAAAACACACAACGCUAAAGCAUUUGACUAGAAAAGUGACUUGUACAUAUCAAUUCACAAUACUUAACCACUUAUAUGUGCCUUUUUAUUCACACACUCCUCGUGGUGUGUGUGACCAUAGAUCCUUCAUUUCCUGAAGGUAUUUUUUUGAAUAGAUAGAUGAAUAGAUAGUUAGAUGGAGGUUGUUGCUACAAGUGUUGAGUGGAUUUCUUUCAGUAUUACCUCCCCCGAGAAGGUCGGGUUUUCAGACCUCUUUGUCUUCUUGUAUCAGAAACAUUUAAGGCCAUGAGCCGAAGAAGAACCGGUUAGUGUUUUUUUUUUGUUGCAGAUGUAGCGCCACCAUGUGGUCAUUUAAUCAACUCAUACAAUCCUGAUGAGUCCUGAGCCAUGAAGUCCAAAAGGAACACUUUUAGCAAGGCCUUGCUUUAACUAUAGUGUAUCCAUACAGGCCAAUGUUGUGCCACCAUGUUGAUUUCUGUUCUUGUUAGGUUUUCGCCCGUUCUUGGCUUUAUUGACGCGGCAGUUGAAGAGUGUCAAGAAACGGGAAGAGAGAGAGAGAGAGACAGAGAGGGGACGGUAUUUAGCAAAGGGACGCAGGUCGUAUUCGAACUCGCCCCAGAGACGAGGGCACAGCCUCUCUAUGUGAGGCAUACGCACCACCAGCUGAGCUAUAAAAGCGCGGCGUGUUGAAUUUUCUUCGCACAACAUUUCACUUCCAUCAAAAUCUGGAACCUGUCAGUGACCCUUAAAACAUUUGUAUUGUUUUUUUCUUUUUGUAAUUUAUUGCCAAAUUUUGAGCCUGUUGUGCAAAUUUUAUAAGACGUGUGACACAGUGUGACACAGCAUGAUUCAUUUAAACAGUCAUAACUUGGUGAUGUGAUUCGGAUUUGACUCGGCUGAGACUUAUUUUUCUAAAUAUCAGCGUGAAAGUCUAUCAAUGUAUUUUGACGAUGAAGACGUGGUUCUAGAUGAGGUUCAUAGACGUCUAAACAACACAUUUAGAGACUUGUUUGGCCUCGUUUGAGCUGCGUUUUGACUACUUGCUUUGGUUUUUCUCUGAAUAUUUUACGACUUUAUAUAUUUAAACAGUCACAUGUGUUGUUGUUUUUGUUUAUUGAUUAAAAAAAAACCCUCCAACGUA